AUGUCUACGGAGAGCAUGCUUCACUCACGUCAGAAUUCAAUCGCAAGCCGCAUACCGGGGGCUUAUAUUUGCGAAUGCUGCCCUAAGAAACCCAAGAAAUUCGACAGUGAAGAUGAGUUACGAGCACACGAACUAGAGAAGCAGUACACUUGCCUGUAUUGUCCCAAUCGCUUCAAGAAUAAGAACGAGGCGGAGCGCCAUCAGAAUUCCCUUCAUCUACGCCGUCAUUCUUGGUCAUGUGCCACUCUCAACAAGAUCGAGGCAGCUUUCCAUCCCUCACCUACUCGUCCAGCCGUGGCAGAUGUGUGUGGGUAUUGCGGUGAAGAGUUUCCCAACCCCGCCGACUGGGAAGCGCGAACUGAGCAUCUUAAUCACGUGCACAAGUUUGGUGAAUGCAACCAAGCCAAGAAAUUCUUCCGCGCAGACCAUUUCAGACAGCACUUGAAGCAUAGCCAUGCUGGAACCAGUGGGAAAUGGACCAACAUGCUAGAGAACGCCUGCAUGAGAGACGAGCCCCCACCACAAGAGCGUGUCGGCUCGAUUGGCUCUAUAUCCGGCCCCUCGAGCCUGGCAUCCAAGCCAGGUGUUAUUAACGAAGCACACGACGAGGCAUGA